GUGGUAUUCAAUCAAAUUCCUUUGAUCUUUUUCAAUACUUAGUUCUUACCUUUUGGAGCAGAAAACAGAGUACUCUAACAAUAGAAGUUCUUGCUAGUUCUCGUGGUAAGAACGAGCCUUUAUGGAAAAUGAGUAGUGGGUUGAUUAGUUUUCCGGUUCUUAAUAAGGAAAAGUCUAGGAUUCAGAGUAUUUAUUACAUUGUUGAUAGAUAUAAGAAUUAAAACUAAUGCGAGAUUUGGGAUUUCAUUUCACCAAUGGCAGCCAUUAGUGAAGGGAGCUAAUUUUUUGGGUAAUUAAUUUUCUUCUGUGUGUGUACUAAGUUGAAAGGAAAUAAACGGUUACCUUUUUUGGGUGUGAAGAUUGAAGAGUGAAGAAUAAGGAAAUUACAGGCUCGUUUAUGGUAAUAAGAAGGUAAGCUUUCCGGGUUCCUUUAAUUACACAAAAUUCUGGGUUUUCGGGUUCCAUUAUAGCAAAACUGCAACCAUUAGUUGAAGUUUCGGGUUCAGGUACCCGAAACUGGUAUUUGUCGGUUUCGGUUCGGAUUUUUAGUAAACGGGUGCCGGGUUUUCGGUUUCCUUUGAAUUUUGGGUUUGGUUAACCGACCCGAACCGACCCGACAGCCCUAGGUAUAAUCCAAUGGCUAUUAUUUAUGUGAGACUUUUUUGGUAUUUUUGGUAGUUAUUAUGACGCCAAAGACUGAUAAUUAAUAGGAAAUCGGUGUUGGUGGGAUUAGAGAAAUCAGAACCAGAUCUCAUCCGCCUUUUCCCUUUCUUCCGUUUCUUUUCCAUCUUCCUAAAAAUAACCACUAUUACGAACAAAAUCUUCUCCACCAUGUUAGCUUCUGCAACUUGGAGCAAAUGAAGGAAGCUAGAUGCCUAGACCUACGACAAACAGACAAUUUGGAGGAGGAACAAGGAAACACCACACCAGCGAUGAUACAGGAGUUGGUGAUACAAUGAAAUCAAGCGGCGACCUGAACCCUUCUGCUCCGUCGCGGAAUCCCACCUGCAAAAUCUGCAGAUCUCUUUCACCAACCAUAUUCCGGGAUCUAAUAGGUCGUCAUCAUGAUAUCCAAGUUCAUCUUUACCAAAUGAUCUAUGCCGAGACAAUAUCGGAUUUCAAAACCUAGUCGAGAAUUUGGUUAGAGGAAAUCCUUGCGCCGUUGGCGACAUAAAUUCGAUGACAAGUCAUGUUGUUUGUGGUGAAAGUGGUAGCGGAGGGAAUUGUUGAUACCAACACUAGUAGUGGUUUACCUAACCAGUAGUGUUUUACAGUAUAUUAACGGGUUGUUUGGAUUGAGUAUUUGACAAACUUGUUAUUUGGGACCAAUUGCCACACAAAUAGUACAUAAUAUAAAAUUGGGUUAAAGACACAUUUGGUCACUGAGAUUACAAAAUUGGGACAUGUUUAGUCACUAGAAAAAAUUAAUAUCAAAUUUGGUCACUACAAUUACUAAAACUGGACACAUUUAGUCACUCGCCGUUAGUCUCCGUCCAACUCCGUUAAUAAAGUCUGUUAAGUGAU